AUGACUUGGAAAAGUGGGGUAGUAUCUCAGAAGACGUCUUACUGCAGGCAGAUGAUCAACUCCCGCUGCCUUGCACCCUGCGAAGCGACCUGCCCGCAGCCAAUCGUCAACGCCUGGAACCAGCCCUGCGUUACAUCCUGCGGCGAUUCCAGAGCGGUGAUCUACCCACCGCCUGUGGUCGUCACCUUCCCAGGACCCAUCCUCGGCUCCUGCCCUCGGGAGAGCAUCGUGGGCAGCUCAGCACCAUCCAGCACUGGGAGCAGUUUUGGGUCCAUGAGUUCCCUGGGUCCAAGGGGCUGCUCUGGCUCUAGGAUCUUGUACAAUUAUGGGAGGUCUUGUUCUUCCUACAUGUCCAGCGGUUACGGUUCUGGGAGCCGCAGACCAUGGUAA